AUGUCACAGCCAUGGGAUUAUAUUGCUAAGCUUGUCUGCAUCGGUGACUCGGGCACCGGCAAGUCCAGCCUCACCAUCCGCCUUUGCGAAGGUCGUUUCUCCCCUACUCACGAUGUCACCAUCGGGGUUGAGUUUGGAUCGAGGAUUGUGCCGGUUGGGCCGCCUGCGUCGCUGGAGCUAGGGCUAGAUGAGCUUCCACGCAGCCCGUCCGGUGCUCCCGGCGAGACGGCUUCGGAGGAAUCGCCGACUGCCCCAGGUGGUCUCCCAACUCCACCGCGGAAGCCACAGGAGCCCCCCAGCCAGAAACGGAUGAAGCUUUCUCUAUGGGACACUGCCGGUCAAGAAACAUACAAGUCCAUCACUCGCUCAUAUUUCCGAGGCGCUUCAGGGGCCCUUCUUGUCUUCGAUAUCUCCCGGCGAUCGACCUUCGUAUCCUGUACGCAGUGGCUGCAAGAUCUACGCCAGAUCGCAGAGGAGGGCAUUGUGGUCAUCUUGGUUGGAAAUAAGACAGACUUGGCUGGGCAGGAAUCGGGCUCCAACCAAAGACAGGUCACUCAGGAGGAAGCCGAGGAAUGGUGCCGCUUGAACAAUGUUGUGCGCUACGUUGAGACCAGCGCCAAGUCAGGAGAUGGUGUGGAACGGGCAUUUUUGGAAGUUGCCGAGCGUAUUUACCGAAAUAUUGAAGCAGGCAGAUAUGAUCUUAAUGACCGACGCAGCGGUGUCAAGGGCUUUGGCGCCUCUGGAAGUGCACACACGGGCGUUCCAAGAACAGUCACUUUAGGGAUGGAUGAUGCGAUGCGCAAAGGCAGUGGUUGGACCGGGAAUUGUUGCUAG